AUGCCGUCGCCGGAGCGCUCCCCCGCCGGCCUGCUUCACCACCGACGCCGUCGUCCCCGUCUCUCCCUCGCGCCCCACUGCCUUGUCCCCACGACCGCCGGUGAGGCCCCGGCCUCUCCUCCUCUCUCCCCCUGCCCGCGUCAGCUCCUCGCGCAGUCGUGCACGCGCGCGCCGGCGCGGCCACAACCAAGCUCGUCGCCGCACCGUCCCGCUGCUCCCUCGUCCCGUCCGCGCUCACCGCUCGGUGCCGUCGCUGCAGGCGGCGCACCCCCCUCCCCCGGCUCCCCCUGCGACCACGCGCGCCCGCCGUGGCCGCGCUCGGCCACCGCACUCCGCCCUGCCUCGUCGGGUCUCUCCCCCUCGCCCAGGCUCGUCGUCGCCCGCGCUCCUGGGAUUGCUGGCCGCGCCCAGUGCCCCGUCGUGCUCACCGCCCCGCCUCGCCCACACUCGGCACCGUGA